CAACCCUGGCGUCCAUGCGACACCGACAUCUCUUUCUUAGCAGAACCCAUCACAACACGGCUGCUGCUCGAUUCGAUUCCGACGCGAAGCACCCACAGCCAUGAGCAACAAGCGAAAGGCCUGGAACGAGGCCAUGCUCUCGGCGGCGGGAAGCGCCGCCCUCCCCAAGGCCCUCCAGCCCCGAACGCAAAAACGCCGGUCGGACCGCCGCAAGAAGCAGGACCGCCGGGACAAGGCCCGCAAGACGUCCGUCUUGCACUCCUCGGAGAGCAAAGAGUUCCGGGCGGCUACCUGGAUGGAYGCYCUGGAGGACGUCCCGCUGACCGGGGCCGACGGGGAAGGCGCGGACGGGGGAGACGGGGACGACAGCUACGACGARCUGGACGAGCUGGAGGGAGGCAACAAGAAGAAAGCGAGGGGGGGACGRGCGAAAUCGAAAUCCAAAUCCAGCAAGAAGCAGCAAGAGAAUAGUCUGCCCAAACGAUUCAAGGCCAGRUCGAUGGCCAACAUACUCCUCGAGGAGGUCAACCGAGACGACGGCGUCGCCUAUGCCUGGCUCGCGGACGAGGCCCGGGAUCUUCCKCAAACGAACAGCAGCAGCGGYAGKARGGCGAAAAKACCGCGGUUGCCGGCCAGGAAAUUUUGUUCSGUCACGGGGAUGGAGGGGAUCUACACGGAACCCAAGAGUGGAUUGCCCUUUGCGAACCURAAAGCCCUGGAGCAGGUCCGAGAGCGGCCUCCACCCUGGAUGACGCUCGCUGGUUCCAUUGCCUACCACGAGGCGGUCAARAGCAUCCGAGACGAGGGCGAACCGUAAGUCCACGAUGGACCCUGAUGGAACGGUAMAYUAGRAAAWWAGCAUUCCUGGAAGGGAACCGAUCGAGAAYAKUGAAAUGAAUCCAAUACCGUUGGUUUUUUGAGAUGGAUGGACAAUAGAGCAUUCUCCCUCUCAUGGAAGUCAACUCUUURAGACGAAGCAGCCGUUAUCCGACACAACACUUUGUGUUUAAGCCAGGGAGUGACGUUUGACCGCUUGCAAUGAAGGAUGUAAGCAGAC